GAAAGGUUGGAAAAAAUGGCGAAAAACUCUAGAACUUUUGGGUUCUUACUUCUCUUGGUGCUUAUCCAUGGAGUAAUGAUGAUGAGAUCUAAUGGGUAUGAAGGAGAAGAAGGGUGGGGAGAAGGAGGAGGAGGAGACUGGGGAGGACAAAGAGGAGGAGGAGGAGGAGACUGGGGAGGACAAGGAGGACAAGGAGGAGACUGGGGCGGACAAGGACGAGGAGGAGGAGAUUGGGGAGGACAAGGACGAGGAGGAGGAGGAAGAAGAGGAUGGUUCAUGAUGAGAGAGUCAAGGCAAGUGAUCAAAUCAGAAGGUGGAGAGAUGAGAGUUGUGAUAUCUCCAAGAGGAAGAAUCAUUGAGAAGCCAAUGCACAUUGGGUUUCUGACAAUGGAACCUAAAACACUCUUUGUCCCUCAGUAUCUUGACUCAAGCCUCCUCAUCUUCAUCCGUCAAGGUGAAGCUACUCUUGGAGUAAUAUGCAAAGACGAAUUCGGAGAGAGGAGAUUGAAAGCAGGAGACAUCUACUGGAUUCCAGCUGGUUCUGUCUUUUAUUUACAAAACAUAGGCCGAGGCCAACGCCUUCAUGUCAUUUGCAGCAUAGACCCAACCCAAAGCCUCGGUUUCGAAACCUUCCAACCUUUCUAUAUCGGUGGAGGACCGUCCUCUGUUCUCGCCGGCUUUGAUCCCGACACUUUAACUUCAGCACUUAACGUUUCUCGACCAGAGCUGCAACAAAUGAUGAGGAGUCAAUUCCGUGGCCCAAUUGUACAUGUCACAGAAGGGCCACGACAAGGUCCACAACCAACGAUAUGGACCCAAUUUUUGGGCUUAAAAGGGGAAGAGAAACAAAGGUAUCUCAAGAAACUAUUGGAGAUGAAACAAGGAUCCCCUCAAGACCAACAAUACAGUUCAGGGUGGUCUUGGAGGACUAUUAUAAAAUCGUUUAUGGAUUUAAUAGAAGAAAAGAAUAAAGGGUCGGGAUCUUCUGAGUGCGAGGACUCGUACAACAUUUAUGAUCAGAAACCUAGUUUUAAAAACGACUUUGGAUGGAGUACAGCUCUUGAUUAUGAAGAUUACGAGCCUCUUAAACACUCUGGGAUCGGUGUUUUUCUCGUAAAUCUCACCGCGGGAUCAAUGAUGGCACCACAUAUGAACCCGACAGCCACGGAAUAUGGUAUUGUUUUGGCCGGCUCUGGAGAGAUCCAAGUCGUAUUUCCAAACGGAACUUCUGCGAUGAACAUGAGAGUCUCCGUAGGCGAUGUUUUCUGGAUCCCUCGCUACUUCGCCUUUUGCCAGAUCGCUUCUCGGACCGCGCCAUUCGAGUUUGUAGGAUUCACAACUUCGGCUCACAAGAACAGGCCUCAGUUCCUAGUAGGAUCGAACUCGCUGCUAACGACUCUAAAUCUGACGUCGUUGUCCAUGGCUUUCGGAGUCGAUGAAGAGACGAUGAGGCGGUUCGUCGAGGCUCAGAGAGAAGCUGUUAUCCUUCCCACUGCAUCGGCAGCUCCCCCGCAUAUGUAGAUCAAACUAUACGCAAUGGUUUCGGUCGUAGCCGUAUUUAGACGAAUGUGCUGCGGAAAGUUUUUUUCUUUUUGAAUGUUAUGAAUGUAGUUAACCAUGAGUAUGUAUGGAUGUAUGUUUUUUUUUUUCUGUUACUUUGAAAUAACAGUAAUAAUAAAGGUAAGCACUAAUAAGCAUGUUAUGUUGGUCUC